AUGGUCUCACGAUCGCGCCUGCUGCUCCUGGCAGCGGCUCUCUUCGGCGCUUCCCUCGCCGCCGACGAAAAGACCACAACCACGACAGCCUGCACGGCGACAGCAACUGGCGGGAAGGCCUACUUCGACCUGCGACCAGACAUCGCUGUUGCGCCGAAGAAGGACGGGAAGCACAAACGCGCCAAGUCAGAAGACUAUUCGGCAAGGGGCUACGACUACGGUUACAACUUCACACUGAACAUCUGCGAGGCUGUUAUACAAAAACCAGAGAAGGUUGUGGGCAUUGAUGAGGCUCUCUGGAAGAACGUCAGCGCAUACUAUGAGGGCAAGGACGGAAAGAUCUACUCCCUAGGACAGCAAUCCUCCGUCCUGACGCCAAGAGGCAGCCAGCUGGUCCUCCAAUACUCCGGCGGCUCACCAUGUGGUUCAUCGGCAAAGAAAAGGGGCGCAGAUCAUAACGAUGCAGUAGACGCACCGUCGACGGCCGACAGGGGCUCGAGCAACAGCGCUUACUCCAGCUCCCUGGAUACUGUGACUAUCGGGAACGACAACACCGUGUUGAUCGAGAAGGCCGAGGAGAUAAGAAGGAAGUCCGCGACCAUCUCGUUCCGCUGCGACCGCGAUAGUGUCAAUCCCACGGCUACCGUCUCUUUUGUCGGCGCGGACCCCGAUGAGUGCGCCUACAUGUUCGUCGUGCGCAGCCAGCAUGCGUGCGCCGGCGUCCAGCCCUCCAAGCCCGGGAGCGUUGGACCGGGCGGAGUGUUCGCCCUCAUUUUCCUUAUUGCUAUUGCCGUGUACUUUGCUGGUGGUGUUUUCUACCAGAGGACGGUGGCGAACGCUAGGGGCUGGAAGCAGUUGCCGAACUACAGUCUCUGGGCAGGAAUUUGGAGCUUCGUCUCGGAUACCUUUAUCAUUCUAACCUCCUCUUGCGCUCGUUUCAUGCCCAGUCGGAGGGGCUACCGAUCACUUUCAAUAUCGCCAAAUGGGCGCGGGAUGGGGAGAAGCAGGGAAGACGAGGACCGGUUGAUCGGCCAAUUAGAUGAAGAGUGGGAUGACUGA